AUGAAGGCUUACAGCAGCAGCAGCAAUGGGCACCACAAGAAGGCUUACGGUGGCAGCAGCAACGGGCACUACAGCAAGGCUUACGACGGCAGCAGUAGCAACGGGCAGCACAAGAAGGCCUACGGCGGCAGCAGCAACGGGCAACACAAUGUGUUCACAAAGGAAAAGCCCAAGGAGGUGGACAUUUUUGCAAUCGAGAACCCUGCUGAACGCAGGCGAGCAAGGUACGAGAUCAUAGGAACUCAUCGUCCGGGUGAGGAGGAGGGCUUACUCGUCGACCAAUGCAGAAGAUGUAAGCAGAGAGGCCAUUGGGAAAGACACUGCAAGGGGCCUGGAGUGGAUCCUUUUGCUCAUGAACAAAAGAAAUGCUACCUCUGCCUAGUGAAGGGACACGAUACUUAUCAAUGUUCAAGAGAUCCCCUGCGAAAUGAGGACUGGGCAGAGAGGACUUACACUGGACCAAUGAAGAGACUUCGUCUUCAGGUGGGUUAUAUCGUUCAGGUAGCAGACUUCCCGCAAUACCAUCCUCGUUUCUGCGUCCAACGGAUUGAAUACGAAAACCUCAAACGGAUCUGCAAAAAACAUCCAGACUUGGGAAUCAUGGUUGUGCCUGAGCCACCCUGUCCUCUUGCGGCCCUUAUCUGGGAAUAUUUUCAGCGACUGGAUGAAGUUUUAUACGAAGCAGGCCUAGGCUUCGAGUUUUACAGAUCCGAUGAAGAAGUGCCUCCAGGGUAUGACCGGUAUGCGGCUGCAGAAGAAGCAUAUAUUGAAGAAUUGAAAAAUGAAGCGAAGCAUUGAAAGGUGAUGUGUUUUAAUAAAGUAAUAGAAUAAGUAUUAUAGAUGAGAAGACCUUUAUAAGUUAUUUUUCGUUUUCAUU